GUUUGGAAAAUGUCUUCUACCUGACACAGAGAAAAAGGUACGAGCUGAUGGUCAACAUGGAAGAUUUUGAUGGAAACAAAGUGUUUGCUCGUUACUCCUCGUUCUCCAUCGAUGGGGAGUCUGACGGCUACAGGCUGAAUGUAUCUGGAUUCACUAAUGGAGGGGCAGGAGAUGCCUUGAGUUAUCACAACGGACACAAGUUCACUACAUUGGACAAAGACCAGGACGGCGCUGCAAGGAACUGUGCACAAUCAUUUCUGGGGGCGUUCUGGUACAACGGCUGUCACUAUGCAAACCCUAACGGGGUUUAUCGUUGGGGAGCUGAUGGCACUAUCUUUGCUGUUGGAGUGGCCUGGCACCAGUGGAAAGGUCAUGAUUACUCUCUGAAGACCAUCAGCAUGAAGAUCCGUCCUGUGCAGUAAAUCUGCAGGACAA